AUUUUAUGGCCACCAACCUACGAAAAAACCCACCCAAUAAUUAAAAUCAUUAACAACUCACUAAUUGACCUACCAAGUCCAUCCAACAUUUCCAUUUGAUGAAACUUUGGAUCAUUAUUAGGAGCCUGCUUAAUACUACAAAUCAUCACAGGCCUAUUCCUAGCCAUACAUUACUCACCAAACAUCUCAACAGCAUUCUCGUCAAUCGCCCACAUUACCCGAGAUGUACAAUACGGUUGACUAAUCCGCAACAUACACGCUAACGGAGCCUCACUAUUCUUCAUGUGUAUCUACCUACAUAUUGGACGAGGCCUAUACUAUGGAUCCUACCUUUAUAAACAAACCUGAAACAUUGGGGUAAUCCUCCUACUACUAACCAUAGCCACUGCAUUCAUGGGCUAUGUCCUACCAUGAGGACAAAUAUCAUUCUGAGGCGCCACAGUUAUUACAAACCUACUCUCAGCUGUACCAUAUAUCGGUACUACAAUAGUGCAAUGAGUAUGAGGUGGUUUCUCCGUAGACAACGCCACUUUAACACGAUUCUUUACCCUACAUUUUUUACUACCAUUCAUAAUCCUAGGCCUAACCAUAAUUCACUUACUUUUAUUACACGAAACAGGAUCAAACAACCCAACAGGACUUAACUCAAACAUUGACAAAAUCCCAUUCCAUCCUUACUUCUCAUACAAAGAUCUCCUAGGAUUCAUAAUAACACUUACCCUACUUCUAUCCAUCGCCAUAUUUUACCCAAACCUAUUAGGAGACCCAGAUAACUUCACACCAGCCAACCCACUAUCCACCCCACCCCACAUCAAACCAGAAUGAUAUUUCCUAUUCGCCUACGCUAUCCUACGAUCUAUCCCUAACAAAUUAGGAGGCGUACUAGCCCUACUACUCUCCAUCUUAGUAUUAUUUAUCUUACCCCUACUACACACAUCAAAACAACGAACACUAACAUUCCGCCCUAUCACCCAAACACUAUUCUGAUUAUUUGUGGCUAACCUUAUAGUAUUAACAUGAAUCGGAGGAAAACCAGUAGAAAACCCAUUCAUCAUUAUCGGCCAAGCAUCCUCCAUCCUUUACUUUUUAAUCCUACUAGUAUUAAUACCAAUCUCAAACAUAAUUGAAAAUAAAACAACCAAUUAA